UUCGUGUAAACUUUUAUUGCCUUAGCUCACAGCGGGCAGAACUCCAGGCUUUGGAAUUUUCCCAUACAAAUGCAACAAUUGCUAGGCUACUGAAAAUCAUGCCGAUUGUGAUUCUCUGGACGUAGCGCUAAUUUCACACUCACUUUCUUCACCAUUUCGCUCCCCCCAUGGAGCACGAAGACCCUCGAAACGGUGAGUCGCCUCACCGCAGCUCCAAAAAACCCAAGUUUUCUUCCAAUUACAUACCGGAAUCCGAAAUCCGAGACGAGUUCUGUCACCACCAACCACGUGUCGCUCGUAUCAAUAACGGGAGUUUCGGUAGCUGCCCCGGUUCGGUUCUUGCUGCCCAACGCCGGUGGCAGCUCCAGUUCCUCCGACAACCUGAUGCCUUUUACUUUAAUACCCUCCGUAAUGGAAUAACGGCGUCGCGGAUGAUCAUAAAGGACCUCAUCAACGCGGACCACGUCGACGAGGUCUCCCUUGUUGAUAACGCGACAACCGCCGCCGCCAUCGUCCUCCAACAGAUUGGUCAUAGUUUCGCCGAAGGGAAGUUCAAGAAAAGCGACACUGUUUUGAUGUUGCACUGUGCGUUUCAAGCCGUUAAGAAAUCAAUCCAGGCCUACGUAACACGUGCUGGUGGCUCCGUCGUCGAGGUACGGCUACCGUUCCCGGUAAAUUCAGAGGAAGAAAUCAUUUCCGAGUUCAAAAAGUCAAUCACAGAAGGAAAAUCAAACGGUAGGAAGAUAAGGUUAGCGAUUAUUGAUCAUAUUACGUCAAUGCCAUCUGUUGUUAUUCCGGUAAAAGAAUUAGUUAGGGUUUGUAGAGAGGAAGGAAUAGAUCAGGUUUUUGUAGACGCGGCACACGCGAUAGGGAGCUUGAAAGUAGAUGUUAAAGAAAUUGGAGCUGAUUUUUAUGUUAGCAAUUUACAUAAAUGGUUUUUUUGCCCGCCUUCUGUAGCGUUUUUACAUUGUAAGAAAGCGAAUGCAUCAUCUGAUGUGCAUCACCCUGUUGUUUCACAUGAAUAUGGGAACGGAUUGCCAAUAGAGAGUUCAUGGAUAGGGACUAGGGAUUACAGUUCUCAGCUUGUGAUUCCUGCGGUUUUAGAGUUUGUGAACCGGUUUGAAGGUGGGAUUGAGGGGAUAAUGGAGAGGAACCAUGAACAGGUGGUGAAGAUGGGGAAGAUGUUGGCAGAGUCUUGGGGGACAAAUUUAGGGUCGCCCCCGGAGAUGUGUACGGCGAUGAUUAUGGUCGGUUUGCCUUCAAGGUUGUGUCUUAAUAGUGAAGAGGAUGCUUCGAGGUUGAGGUCGUAUUUACGGGAUUGUCAUGAGGUUGAAGUUCCAAUUUUUUAUCAAGUUCCAAAGGAUGGGGAGGAUGGAGUUAGGGAUAAUGAUGGGUGUAUUACAGGAUAUGUGAGAAUCUCUCAUCAGGUUUAUAAUACAUUAGACGAUUAUGAGAAAUUGCGGGAUGCUAUUAAUCAAAUAGUUAAGGAUGGGAAAACUUGCAAAAUGCUUUGUAUAGAAUAACGAGAUAGUCAUCAAAGAUUGGAGCAGCCUUCAAUGGAAUAGCAUCUGUGUUUUGACAGCUCUCAGAUGCAUGUGGCUUCUCGUAGUUUUUAGAGAACCAAAAAAUGGGGAAAGAGCGGUUACAUGUGCUUUUCGGAACUGCAAAAACCAUCAGUAAGAACCAUUGACCGAUGUAGUCCAACAUGUCAGCAUUUUUUUUAACAUUUAACCUGCUUUCAUAAGUGUUUGAAUUUGUAUGUGGUUGUAGUAACCAGUGUAUUCUUAGCUGAAGUAAAUUUCUUAAGGCGAGCUUGUCUAGAAUUUAUCAAGGCUUGAUCAGUUUUUCA